CCUGACGAAUCAAUCGUUUACGACACACUGACUUCUUUCUCUCUAUCGAUAGUCCCGCCUUCAUUGCCUAAUUCAAACUCUCUCUCUCACUUGAUGAGCGAUCUCAUUCUGAUCUCCGACGGCGAGGAUGAAGCUACUCCACCACCGUCGAAGAGGGCUCGAAAGAAUCCUACUCCUACGGUUUUGAACUUGGGUUCCGAUCCGUCACCGAAGAAACAACCGCCGGGAUCUGCUUCUACUACUCCAUUGGUCCUCGUCGACGAGGCACCUCUCUUUGACGAUGUGAAGUCUUCAUUUGCUUCCGGAAUCGGAGUUCCUUCACACCGUGAGUCUCACACGUUUUCCGGUAAACGAGUAAUAUCUCUCGAGUCUGAUUCUGAAGACAAUUCCGAACCUGGAACUGCAAAGAAGUUGUAUGUACCUGUGCAUGCUGCUGAUUCUUGGAAGCAACCUUGUGGAUCCAGUGAUGCUGAUUCUGAUGAUGAUACUAGCUGGAUGCAGAGCGCUGGUUUUCGAUCUACACUGUCUAAAGAUCCUAUUGAGGUCGAUUCUGACCAUGAGAAAGAAGAUACAAGCGAUGAGAAAAUGGGUCGACAGAAGCGGCCUGAAAGUUACAAAAGUACCUAUCUUUCUGUUGAUGCGUUGCCUAAAAAGAAGGUGUCUAAAGAUGAAAAGAUCAGCGCGACAGAGGAAAAGAAGUUAAGAAAAGAACAAGAGAAAUUACAAAAAGCUGCCAUGAAAGCUGAAGAUGCUGAGCAUAAAAAGUUGGAGAAGGAAAAGAAGAAAUGGGAAAAGGACAAAGCCCUUAAAUCUAUUGUCGCCUUGAUUGACAAUAAACUGAUUGAAGAAUCUUUUGGAGUUGAUACAGGACGUCUUGUUUCGGGGUUGCAAGAGAAAGGCAUUACAUACCGUGUAACCUCUAAUCCAAUUGAGAGAUCCAUUGUGUGGGAAAUUACACUUCCAGAGGAUAUUGCUCAGAGUUUGCCCCUAGGGUCCAAGAUUCCAUACGUUUUACUUGUGUAUGAGGCUGAAGACUUUUGUAAUCUUGUUGCUAAUAAAGAACUUCUAGAAAACGUCUCCAGAGUUCGUGAUGAAUACCCAUCUUCUACAAUAUGCUACCUCACCAAUAAGUUAAUGUCCUACGUAAACAAAAAGGAGAGGAUUGAGUACAAGGACCCUGCAAAUCGCAGUGGUUGGAGUAAGCCUCCUAUUGAUGAGGCAAUCGCAAAAUUAACUACUCACUAUAUUGGAGUACAUUCCAGGCAUUGUGUAGAUGAGGCUGAGGUGGCUGAACAUGUUGUUCGUUUAACAAGUAAUCUGGCCUAUUGCCAAGUCAGGGAUAAGUUAACUCGGUGGUCAGUAUGCGCUGCUAGUACAUUAAUGUCCCGGAAGGGAGCUGAUAAGCACUUGAUUAGAGAGAGCCUAUGGUUGAAAGUGUUGGUAGCAAUACCAAAGGUACCGCCAAGAUACGCUUUAGCAGUGUCAAAGAAAUACCCAUCCUUGAAGUCUCUUCUUGAGGUUUAUAUGAAUCCUAACAUGUCGGUUCAUGACAAGGAGUUUACACUAAAAGACUUGAAAGUGGAAAAUUUAGUAGGAGAAGACAAAAAGGUAGGUGAGGCCUGUUCGAAGCGGAUAUACAGAGUGCUUAUGUCUAAAGAUGGAACCCUUAAGACUGAUGACGUCGUAGAUGGUGCUGCUUCCUUCACACCUCGUCCAUAUGACUUAGACUAGAAGUAAGAGAACAUUAAAAAGUCUCAUAACUUUCUCUGUCAGACAAAACAGAAGAAUGAUUGUGUCUGAGAUUUCUUUUCCUUUUGUAUAUGUAUGCAAGUUCAUUAUGUAUUGUCCGAAGUAUUUAAUGUGUGUGUCCUGAGUCGUUUUAUAUGUCUUGAUUUUGUUAGUAAAGAAAGGUAUUGUUGGUUCCGUCUCUGAUGCUGCACAUCUUAGUUUUCUCGAACAGCCUAUUAGUGUUCGAUUUAUAAGUUUUGGUGUUUUACU